CUGUCAAAUCUACCGCCAAUUCAAACGGACUUAUUCAAUGUUUUUCUCGAUAACAGAGGAUUGAACGUCGAAACUCGCCUCUCACUGGAACAGAGAACAGAAAUGAUAAUGUUACUGUUGGAGUAAGUGCAUAUGUAGCAUUACCAUCUAACGUUAGCUUCCGACCGCACAGCUGCUGACUUGGACUGCUGCUCAGCAUCCACCUCAUCACUGUUCGGGCGGAAGGAGAUCUGUGUAUAGAUUUGUAUGUGAGCGACACAGACGGUAGGAAUCAGGUUAAAAUGACACAAUCUUAACUGCCAGCGACGGUCAGUGGCUUGGAUUGGUGUUAACUUUAUCGAAACCGGCAUUGGAGACACGUGACUUGAGAAAUUAUCGAGCGGCUUAAACGUUACCGUUAGCAUACCGGCGUUGACACGGAGUUACCGGUGGUUUCUCAUGUUUGACACGUUGAUUCUGCCAAGUAUUGCUGACAUUCGAGUUGUCUGAACUUUGUUUAAGUUAUCAUUUGGCCAGUCCACAUGAUGCAUCAGCAAGGAUCAUUUGUUUCUCCUUUGUUGAGUGGCGUCUUCUGUCAAUGUCGUUCGGACGAGACCCACCAGGGCUCCGACCCAGGAGGAGGCGGCGGAACACCCACGAUGCCCUCAACUGUGACCAGGGACUGUCCGAUGUCUGAGUCAAGUGACGGACUAUGCGACUCCGUACACAAUUGUCCAGUUUGUGGUGGACCCGAACAAGAACACAGACUGAAAGUCCUGUUCCAGAUUCUGGAUGUUAACAAGGAUGGGGGCAUUUGUGUGAAUGAUCUCACCAUUGGCCUUAAAAAGCUUGGAGUCCAUCGCACUGAACAUGAGCUCAUGAAAAUCGUCAAAGCAGGGGACAAAGACCUGGACGGGCAGCUGGACUUUGAGGAGUUUGUCCACUACCUGCGAGACCACGAGAAGAAGCUCAGGCUUGUCUUCAAGAGCCUGGACAAGAAGAAUGAUGGUCGCAUUGACUCGCAGGAGAUCAUGCAGUCACUGCGUGACUUGGGGGUGCACAUAUCUGAGCAGCAAGCUGAGAAGAUCCUCAAAAGAAUAACGCGGGGCCAUAUGGUGGCCCCUAUUAUGUACAUGGACAAGAACGGAACGAUGACCAUUGACUGGAACGAGUGGAGGGAUUACCACCUGCUCCAUCCUGCUGACAAUAUUCCAGAAAUCAUCCUCUACUGGAAACACUCCACAAUCUUUGAUGUUGGUGAGAGUUUGAUGGUGCCUGAUGAGUUCACAGCUGAGGAGAAGAUAACAGGCAUGUGGUGGCGACACCUGGUGGCUGGAGGUGGUGCAGGCGCUGUGUCUCGGACCUGCACGGCUCCUCUGGACAGACUCAAAGUGCUUAUGCAGGUCCACGCCUCCCGUAGCAACAACAUCUGCAUCGCCGGGGGAUUCACGCACAUGUUAAAGGAGGGCGGGAUGCGGUCGCUAUGGCGAGGGAACGGCAUCAAUGUCAUCAAGAUCGCUCCGGAAUCUGCAAUUAAGUUUAUGGCCUAUGAGCAGAUCAAGCGGUUGAUUGGCAGUAACCAGGAGACACUAGGCAUCUUGGAGAGGUUUGUGGCAGGUUCUUUGGCCGGAGCCAUCGCCCAGAGCAGCAUCUACCCCAUGGAGGUCCUGAAGACCCGGCUGGCGUUGCGGCGGACGGGGCAGUUCUCGGGCAUUGCGGACUGUGCCAAGCACAUGUUCCAGAAGGAGGGCAUGGCUGCCUUCUAUAAGGGCUACGUGCCCAACAUGCUGGGCAUCAUCCCCUACGCUGGCAUCGACCUGGCCGUGUAUGAGACUCUGAAGAACUCGUGGCUACAGCGCUACGCCAUUGACAGUGCCGACCCGGGCGUGUUUGUGCUGCUGGCCUGCGGGACCAUGUCCAGCACCUGUGGCCAGUUGGCCAGCUACCCACUAGCCCUGGUCCGGACACGCAUGCAAGCACAGGCCACCCAGGAAGGUGGUCCUCAGAUGACCAUGUCCGGCCUCUUCAGGCACAUCGUGCGCACCGAGGGGCCCAUCGGCCUGUACCGGGGCCUCGCCCCCAACUUCAUGAAGGUCAUCCCUGCUGUCAGCAUCAGCUAUGUGGUGUACGAGAACAUCAAGAUCACUCUCGGGGUCACGUCGCGAUAAGCGCGGCGCAGAGCGGACUGGGAUGAGGUGAACACUCAUGAAGGCUUACUUUUUUGUUGUUUAAAAAAAAAAUAGGCUUUUUUUUUGUUUGAAUUUUGGUUGGGACAAAAACUCCAGAGUAGAAAGCUCCGUGAGAGGUGCUGUCCAAGAGGUGGCUCGGGCACUGCUGUGCUCUACACCGGGCAUUGGAGGGGGGACGGGGGGUGCACCCUGGGGCAGAGUGUGCCCCCUGGACGAGGUGGAGUGGGCAGAGUCUCAGAUCCUGCCCCUUGCACCUGGACCCGCCCGUAACCUCAGCCGAACGAUCUGCAGAGAAGGAGAAACGUCUCAACACAACACCAACCAGGUGAAGGAAGGAUGGCGGUGGGGAGUGUGGGGGAGGGGGAACGCUGCUGCAUGGAUACACUGUGAGCUGGACGAAGGUGACCCAGUCAUUCUCCUGCCCACCUAUGCAGUGAUUAUUACUGCAACAUGACCCGUAGUAACAGUAGAAGUAUUAUUUUGAUUAGUGUUAUCACUAGCAAGCUAGCUCUUAUUCACUCUCAUUGCUACAUCCAAGUCCGACAUUUUGUAAAUCAUUGCCUAUCUCAGCCCACCCAUCUCCUCUUGCUCAUAAAAUGUCUAGGUUAUCGAAGAGGUACCUGAAAAAGUGGUACAAAUUGACCUCGGUUUUAUGUAGUGAACCCAGUGCCAGCCGUGUGUUUUGUUAGGGACCAGGGUGUAGAUGGGUUGUCUGGUAGCUUGGUUUGCUACCGUUGCACUCACUGUAGUGGCCUGCUGAGGUACUACUGCACCUAUGAGGGAGGAAGCAAGACCUAGUUGUCUUGGAAAGGCAGUGUCUAGUGUUCAGCCUCUCAAGCCACAGUACUUGCUUUGUUCCACAGGGGGGCAGUGUCUGACUACCUGUGUGGAGAGAGUUUGCCGAAGAUCUCCAUGCCCUCACACAUAUUGAAGAUAUCUGAUACAUUUUUUUUUUUUUUUGUAUUCCUUUUUUUUGUGUCCCUUUCUCUUUUUUCUUAUCUGAAAUUCUGAGUUCUUAAACAUCUCGUUUACAUAAUUUAUUCAAAAUAAUUCCUUUUCCUUAACUCCCAUUUUUAUUUAUUUAUUAUUAUAUUUUAAUGGAGAUCACUUUCUCAACAUAACCAAAAUGUGUUGAUUGUUGCGUAGUGUACAAGAAGACAGCAGUUGGGGUCAGAGCCUAAUAGUGUCUUACAUCAAAUGGUCUUCUCAAGUAAGUGUGUAAGGACUAUUAAACGUGAUGUUUAAUUUA